AUGGUUCUGUAUAUAGGUUUCAAUGAAACGGGUUUUCCUAAAUGGUUUAUAUACUUAUGUUUUGUUUUAUGCUCCAUUCAAAACAUUGUUCUAUGUCUUUUUCGUGUCACUGGCAUCUUUAGUUUUGUUGAAUACCACGAUCGUGAUCAUCAAAAACAAUUUGAAAGGAGUCAUGUUUCAGCGGUGUUGACUCGUGAGCUCCUUGUGGUCACAACCUUCAAAGACAUACAGAGGAAAGAUUUGCCCGAAAGAUGUGCAGUCUGCUUGAACGACUUUGUGGGAGAUGACAAGAUUAGAUGCUUGCAAAAUUGUACGCAUAUUUUCCAUCUGGGUUGUUUGGAUCGUUGGAUGGGUCAGGUCCAAGGCACGUGUCCGAUUUGCCGAACUCCAAUUUUACCGUAUGCAUGUCAAGAAGAAUACAAUAAACGACUCAAGAUUGCCAAUCGUCUUCACAAUUGA